ACGAAGUCGGUUCACUUAAUUCCCAACGAUUUGCACAAUUUAGUUUGCGAAAAUGCUAAAGUUCCUUAGCUUGCUGCUCGUCGUGAGCUGUUUCUUGAUGGUUCGCGGUGGUGUUAUCGAGAUUCCCGAGGAAGUUAGCCAGGUUAUCGAGGAUAUUCCCAAGACUCCAGAGGUCUCACCCCUACACAAAAGCAGUGAAAGUAACUCAACCCUAAGGCUGGUGCAUGUGCUGUUUCGCCAUGGCCCUCGCACUCCCGUCAACACUUAUCCGAAAGAUCCGUAUAUCAACGAGACCUAUGAGCCCUACGGAUGGGGGGCACUCACCAAUGGUGCUAAAGUGGAGCUGUAUAAAAUAGGCAAACAACUGCGUCAGCGCUAUAAAGAUUUCCUGGACCCCUACUAUCAGCCCGAUAUGAUCCGUGCCCAAUCUUCGGAGUCACCACGCACCCUGAUGUCAAUGCAAAUGGUGCUCGCUGGACUCUUUCCUCCAGAGAACACGCCCAUGGAGUGGAACCUGAUGCUCAACUGGCAGCCCAUACCCAUUGUGAUGGAGCCCGAGGAAACAGAUGUGCGCAUAAGGAUGAAGGCACCGUGUCCCCGCUACGAGGAGGCAGUUUCGGAGGUGAUGAACCUGCCGGAGGUUAAGCAGCUGCACGCCGAGAACUCCCAGCUGCUGCAGGAACUGACCAACCACACCGGACUCAAUGUGACCUAUGCCCAUGAUGUCACCAACAUAUUCAUCUCACUGCUCUCUGAGCAGACUUAUGGCCUGGAUUUGCCCCCAUGGACCAAGGACUAUUUCCCCGCUAAGAUGCUACCCUUGGCGGGAAAGUCAUAUGUCUACGAUGCGUAUACGGCCGAGUUGCGGAGGAUGAAGGGAGGUUUCUUUGUGGAGCUACUUCUCAAACAAAUCCAGGCCAAGAUCUCCGGAAAGUUAGAGCCUAAGGAUCGCAAAAUGUUCUUAUCCUGUGGUCAUGACUGGACCAUUACAAAUGUUCUAUCAGCCUUGGAUGUUUGGAGUGCUCAGAUGCCCCGGUUUUCGGCUUUGAUCGCCUUUGAGUUGCAUCAAAAUUCCGAAAAUGGAGAGUAUUUCCUUGAGAUCUACUUCCAGAACGAUCCUGAGGAAGAGCCACAGCAGCUGCAAAUUCCAGGAUGUGACAAACAGUGUCCCAUUGAAAAGUUACAGAAGCUAAUCAAGGACAUUUUACCCAAUGCGCCCUACGAAGAGCUGUGCAGGGCCAAGGGCACCCUAGAGGCAGCCAAGAUCAGCUAUCAUUAGAGAGCAGAGUUCCAUGAUUGAUGAUCUUUGAUCAUUGUGCAGUAUUAAGAUUAUAUAAACAAGAAAUAUAAAUAGCACUUAGAUGUAUCUUUAA